AUGAUUCAGUGGUCCAGGAUCAAAAGCUACGCAGACCUCUUGUGGUAUAUCUCCAAUGAACCCGAUGCCAACGAUAGAUCUGCUACAGUCUCUGCUUCCUCGUCCUGGGUUCCUUGGUCCAGGCGUACUAGAACAUCUGUGGCAAAGGCAGAGAAACAAGCACCUCAAACUCAGUCACCAAUACUUUCGUCCGGACCUCCUCUCUUUGCCGUUAUCAUUGGUAUUAACAACUACGUUCACCAUUCAUUGAAGAAACUUCAAGGGGCGGUUGCCGAUGCCGAAGCUGUCCAAGAGUAUCUCGAAAAUGACCUCAAGGUUGCGAGGGACCACAUCACCUUUCUGCGUAACCAGCAAGCCUCGUGCUUGGCAAUCAUCGACUCGUUUAGGCGGCUGGAGAAUGACACGCGAAUCAAGAGAAACGACCCUAUUCUCAUUUACUAUGCUGGCCAUGGGGGCGAAACAACCCGAGAGGCGGAAACUAUCCAAACAAUCUUCCCUCAGGAUUACAAUCCCGACGGAAACCCCCAGAAAGUUCGCCCCAUACCCGAUCGGACAAAUAGUCGACCGGCAUGGUAA